AUAUGUCUCGGACUCGCAGCAGUAACUGUAGGCCACAUCUGCCACAUCUGAUGAUUCUCCAGGUGUUUUCACCCUGAAACUAAAUGUGAAGUUUUAUUUGUAAGGCUUAUGGAUAAAGUAUUCAGUAUUUAAUGAUACACGCUAUUCUGCACCUUGUCUUUUCGGAUUUAUUUGUGGUGUUUUCGGGGGCGAGAAAAUUGGGGUAUAAUGACUAAAUACUGUUGCACCUACUGUGUACAUCAGUUGAAUAGAUAUCAAGCUGCUGUGUUUACAAAAUUUCUGCUGACAAAUCUCUUUUUGCAGAAAGAAAGUUUACUUCUAAAACCAUCACUGGGUACAAUAUUAACCAAAAAAUAAAUGCUGACCUCCUGCCGGCUAAAUAUAUAUCUACUGCUGGAUGUGUGUAGGGGAGGGAUGUAUACUGAGGAAAGCGUGUCCCCUUAGAGCUCAGGGAAUUAGUACUGUGUGUGGACUUCAUAGGAUUGUGUGGAUGUCAUUCCAACAAAGUUUGUGCAUGUGCUAGGACAUCAUCAUUCUAAUUGCAAAGUAUGCUUGUAGGCAUGUGUGUUAUGUCUAAAGUGGACCUGUAUGAUGUCAUAAAGAUAACUAAAUACAGUCGGAAUGCUUAUCUCACAGGAGUAUAACCCAGAGGAGGUUUCAAGACAUAUACCAAAACAACAAUCCCAGUUUAUGGAUACCCCAGUUCAUGUGAUACUGACACCUAAUCAGCAGUAAAGAAUAACAGAUGUUGAUGAUGUGGCAAAUUACCAGCCUGGUCAGACUUCAACGUUAAACUUAAGUGGAUGAUAUUGAUUUAUACCCCGGAUGUGAAGUUCUCAAACUUACUGACGGAGAUAACGACUUCAGUUCUUGGUUUUAUGAAUAGUGUUGGAAUUUAGUGAUCAAGGUCAAAGGUCAGGGGAUUUUAAGUUGGUCCUGGUCUACAAGGCUUCAUGUAUAUACCAGCUGUAGCCUAAGACUGAAGGAUGUACAUGCAAAUAUAUGCAUGUUGUACAUAGAACUUCACUGUAACUAGAAGUUAAAAAAAUAUCUUCAUGAUCACUAGAUGCUAUACAGUUUUAACAUUUGUGUAGACUUGUUGAAUUUUGUCAUCAGACAAAAUAUUUUUCAACUUUAAAAUAAAAUGACUUCCUGAUAUGUAUUAGAAAAAAAUGAUGGGACAGACUGUUACACAAAUCAGAAAUGAAUUUUGAUUAAAUGAUGAGGGGACAUGGAAAAGAGUUUUGAGGAUGUUUAUAGCGCUGGUUGGUAUUCUUGUCUGCCUGAUGAGCCGGGGUCGAGGAGUGGAAGGCCUUCAACAGUACUGCCUAGACCAGUCCUGUGGCAUACAGGCCUCAUAUCAAAGAAGCAGUAACGACUACGAUGAGAUUGCUGUUGGGAGGAAGGAUAAAGUUGUGGAAAUGUCCAUGCCGAGCAGUCUGUCAAUUGAGGUCACGUCCAGUAAGGCUUCGGCCUUCAUUUCUGUCGACGGCACAACGGUAUUACAGGAUGAUGAACCAGACAGAUCUCGGGGGAUCCACAUCGCCGUCCUGAACCAGGCCACUGGAAGUGUGAUGUCCAGAACAUUUUUUGACACAUACAGUGCCAACGAGGACGUGGCUAUGAUGAAGUACUUGGAUAGCAUAAGGACAGGACGCAUCCUUAUAUUUACAAUCAAGGAUGAAGGAUCACAGUCCCUGAAAACAACAGCUCGUGAGUACCUGUCGGCUCUGGGGAGCGAGAAGAUCGAGAACCUGGGUUACAGGGAUACCUGGUGCUUUGUCACAGUCAAAGGAAAAGGGAAAGUGAUAGGUGAGACCCAUGCCAAGGCACCAGAUAUGUCUACCUGGGCAGAGAAAGUCUCCCUCCAGACCAAGCUCCCCCUGGUGGCAGUGAAAGAAAGUGAAUGUCCCUGGCCAGACACUGCAGAGAACAAGAGAAGACAGACUUUCUGUAACAAGUUUGAGGGUUAUGGACCUACCUGUAGCUGUACCAGUCCAGAAUCAAUCUCCUUCACACUUAACCUGUUGGAAAACAACAAUAUAGCUGAUGUUCCAGUAGUGGUGAUCGCCAGUAAUCGACCCUAUUACUUGUACAGAAUGCUGCGCACCAUGUUGUCUGCUCCUGGAGCCGAUCCCAAAAUGGUCACCGUGUUUAUUGAUGGAUAUUACGAGGAACCCCUGGCUGUCACCACACUCCUGGGCCUCAAAGGUAUACAGCACACACCCUUAGGUACUAAAGCCGCCAGGAUAUCACAGCACUACAAAGCUAGCCUCACAGCCAUCUUCAACCUCUAUGUGGACUCAAAGUAUGCGAUUGUUAUAGAGGAAGACUUGGAUGUCAGCCCUGAUUUCUUCAACUACUUCAGCCAGACCAAGUUUUUACUAGAGGAGGACCCCACAGUAUACUGUAUAUCAGCCUGGAAUGACCAGGGGUAUAACCAUUCCUGUAAUGACCCGUCUCUACUGUAUCGGGUGGAGACCAUGCCAGGGCUAGGAUGGUUGCUGAAACGAAAACUCUACAAAGGAGAGUUAGAAUCACAAUGGCCUACUCCAGAAAAGAUAUGGGACUGGGAUAUGUGGCUUAGAACAAACCACAUCAGGAAGAAUCGGGAGUGUAUUAUACCCGAUAUAUCUCGUACAUAUCACUUCGGCUCCAAGGGGCUCAACAUGAAUCCAUACUUCCAAGAUAUUUACUUCAAAAAUCAUUCACUUUUAAAGACACCCAAUGUGAAGUUAAAAGAUUUAGACAAAAUGAAAAGAGAUGAAUAUGAAGAUUUACUAACAAAUCUCAUAAAAUCUGCGAAGACACUAGAUCAUUCCAAAGAUGCCUGUUCGGAGGAGUUUAUACCUCGAGUCACAGAUGGAAAAUUUGUGAUGUAUAUAAGCAUGAAUACAACAACAGAUUUCGUCACCUGGAAACAACUUGCCAAGUGCUACCAUUUAUGGGACUUGGAUGUACGAGGUUUCCACAAGAGUAUGUGGCGACUGUUUAUCAAAGGAAGUCAGGUGGUCGUGGUAGGAGUUCCGGCGUCAGCCUAUGCACACCUGAAGCCAGCUGCUGUAAAGCCUAUCUACAUUCCAGAACCACCCAAGAAAACCUAGUCAACAUUGGACAAGAGAUUGGAGACUGCCCAUUAGAGUCUGAGAGGUCACAGAUUACUCCAUUGUAUGUAAAGAAACUCCUGUGUCUUCAGUCAGAAACAGUGAGGUGUUAAUGAUAAAACAAUGUGUUUACUAACAUGUAUUAUCAACAAUCUUCUGUGAUGUCAUAUAAUGACAUAACUCUCUACUGAGCUGGACUAGGUACACUCACAACAACUUCUCUAUCUAGUUACCUUAAUACUAACUAGCUGGAAUAGGUACCUGUAUAAUAAUACCUGUCUACCUAGCUGAUAUAGGUACCUGUAUAAUUACACCUGUCUACCUAGUUGAUAUAGGUACCUGUAUAAUUACACCUGUCUACCUAGCUGAUAUAGGUACCUGUAUAAUUACAAAUGUCUACCUAGCUGAUACAGGUACCUGUAUAAUUACACCUGUCUACCUAUAGCUAGCUGAUAUAGGUACCUGUAUAAUAACCCCUGUCUACCUAGCUGAUAUAGGUACCUGUAUAAUUACACCUGUCUACCUAGCUGGAAUAGGUACCUGUAUACUUACACCUGUCUACCUAGCUGAUAUAGGUACCUGUAUAAUAACACCUGUCUACCUAGCUGAAAAGUGCCAUACCUUGUUCCACAGUGCAAUUAUCCUAUUCUGAUAUUAAUGAUCAUAUGAAAAUGAUUAUAUGAUGAGAGUGAGAAAUCUAGAUUUUUUUGUAGUCGUUUAUUACAUGGAAUGAGUGUGAAGUCUUUUAUUGUUGAUUUUGGGAAUUAUUCUGUAUUUCUUUUUUUUGAAAGUAUAAAGUAUUUAAAUAUCUCUGAAUCCUAGGUAUGCUUUACUGAGGAGAUAUCUCUGAAUCCUAGGUAUGGUUUACCGAGGAAAUAUCUCUGAAUCCUAGGUUUGGUUUACAGAGGAGAUAUCUCUGAAUCCUAGGUAUGGUUUAUCGAGGAGAUAUCUCUGAAUCCUAGGUAUUGUUUACCGAGGAGAUAUCUCUGAAUACUAGGUUUGGUUUACAGAGGAGAUGUCUCUGAAUCCUAGGUAUGGUUUACUGAGGAGAUAUCUCUGAAUCCUUAGUAUGGUUUACCGAGGAGAUAUCUCUGAAUCCUAGGUUUGGUUUACCGAGGAGAUAUCUCUGAAUCCUAGGUUUGGUUUACUGAGGAGAUAUCUCUCAAUGAUAAAGAUCUGUAAAGGUGGCCUAGCUACUUGGGAAGAUCUCUCUAAUCCAUUAUGUCAGGAACAUUCCAAGAACAUUUCAGUAUAUUUUUUGUUCUGUGAUAAAUCUAUUGGGGGAUAUAUAAAUGUUUCACCUGAUGUUUGAGGUUCUGAUUAACCUGCGUGGUUACUGGGAUCCAGUUAGAUAUUGCAUAUUGUAAUUUUAAGUAAGACCAGUAUUGUUGUCAGUGUGUGUAUAACUGUUGGUAGUGCUUGUAAGGAGCCUGCUUGUCCAGAGAUAUGGUGAUACUAGUUACUUCAUAUAUAUAUAUAUCAAUCUGACUGAAGAAGCCCUAGAAGGCAGAAAGGCCUAGC